AUGUCUUCAGCUAUCGCCGAUGCGGCCAAGCAGCUCUUCGGAACCGCUAAUGCCAAGGUCACUGACCUGCAGUCCGACACAAUCGACCCUGCCUCGAAGCCCAAUAAGGGCCUAACGACUGAUAAUGGUGUCUAUGUCUCUGACACUGACAACUGGCUAAAGGCCCAGAACGGCACUACCACCGGUCCCUCUCUGCUCGAGGACCAGAUUGGCCGCGAGAAGAUUCACCGCUUCGACCACGAGCGCAUACCAGAGCGUGUCGUCCAUGCCCGUGGAGUCGGGGCUCAUGGCUACUUCAAGGUGUACAACGACAAAGCGUCCAAGUACACCUCUGCACCUGUCCUCACCGACCCCUCCCGCUCCACGCCCAUUUUCGUGCGUAUCAGUACCGUGCAAGGCUCUCGCGGCAGCGCGGACACCGUCCGCGAUGUCCGCGGCUUUGCUGUUAAGUUCUACACUCAAGAGGGCAACUGGGACAUUGUCGGCAACAACAUUCCCGUAUUCUUCAUCCAGGAUGCGAUCAAGUUCCCCGACUUCGUGCACGCGGUCAAGCCUGAGCCGCACAAUGAGGUCCCGCAGGGCCAGAGCGCGCACAACAACUUCUGGGACUUUGUCGGGUUGCAGCCCGAGUGCGAACGGUUCUUCGUCAAGUUCCAUUGGCUUCCUGAGCUUGGCGUGCACAGCCUCGUCUGGGAUGAGGCCCUAAAAAUUGCGGGUCAGGAUCCAGACUUCCACCGCAAGGACCUCCAGGAGGCGAUCGAGAACGGUGCCUACCCCAAGUGGAACUUCGCCAUCCAGACUAUUCCGGAGGCGAACGAGCAUGACUUUGAUUUCGACAUACUCGAUGCUACCAAGGUCUGGCCGGAGGAGCUUGUCCCGCUCGAGGUCAUCGGCGAGAUGGUGCUCAACAAAACUGUCGACGAAUUCUUCCCCGAGACUGAGCAAGUCGCGUUUUGCACUUCCCACGUGGUCCCCGGUAUUGGCUUCAGCGACGAUCCGUUGCUCCAGGGACGUAACUUUUCGUACUUCGACACUCAGAUCACGCGCUUGGGUGUUAACUGGGAGGAGCUCCCGAUCAACCGACCCGUGUGCCCCGUCAUGAACCACCAACGUGACGGACAGAUGCGACACAAAAUCACGAAGGGCGCGAUUAAUUAUUGGCCGAACCGUAAGGCUGUUGGCGCUCCGGUGCCCACCUCAGAAGGCGGCUAUGCUGAUGUCGCGCAGAAGGUUGCGGGCAUCAAGCAGCGUGUGCGUACGCCCAAGUUCCAGGAGCACUACAACCAGGCACAACUUUUCUACAACUCCCUGACCGACUAUGAGAAGACGCAUCUCGUGAACGCCGUCUCAUUCGAGCUUAGCCACUGCGACGAUCCGGUUGUAUUCCAGACAUACACGAAGAUCCUCAAUAACAUCGACUUCAACCUCGCAAAGCAGGUCGCAAUCAAUGUGGGCGGCACAAUCCUCGAGAAGCCGGCGCGUGAGAACCACGGCAAGUCGACGCCGACGCUUUCCCAGCUUUACUAUGCACCCAAGGAGCCGACGAUCGUCUCGCGCCGCAUCGCGAUCCUUGUCGCAGACGGCUUCAACUUCGCCGAGGUCGAGGGCCUGCGAGCCGCGCUCAAGCUUGGCCAAGCAACGACCUGGAUCAUUGGGCCCCGCCGCGGGAAGGUCUACCCCGCAGGCCAGGUGGUGGGCACCGGCGAAGGUAUCUGGGCGGACCACCACCACGAGGGCCAGCGCAGCACGCUGUUCGAUUCGAUUAUUAUCCCGAGCGGCGCUGAGCACGCGCAACGGCUCGCGCAGAACGGACGUGCGAUCCACUGGGUCCGCGAGGCGUUUGGCCACUGCAAGCCCAUUGGCGCGCUCGGCGAAGGUGUUGCAUUCCUCCGCGAGGCCGUGCAGCUUCCAGGAGUCCAGCUUGCAUCGAGCUUGAAGAGCGACUCCGUGACAACCUCGUACGGUGUCGUAACCGCGGGCAAGUACGACGCAGGCUCCGCGGUCGCGGACACGCUCAAGAUCGCUCAAGGCGAGAAGGGCUUCAUCUCCAACUUCGCGUAUGAGGUCAGCAAGCACCGCUGCUACGAGCGCGAAGCGGAAGGCUUGACGUCGAAGGUUGCGUACUGA